CUUCAAAAAAUAUUAUUCUAACAUUAUGGCGCAGAUACCUACACGACCGAAAAUUUUGUUAACUCAUCCGGAUAUACCGAAGGAAGCUAUUGACAUCAUGUCUCCCAAUUGCGAAAUAAUUAUGUGCACCGGACGUCCGUCGCCAUCACGACAAGAAAUUUUGGAAAAAAUUGUGGGUGUUCAUGGUUUAAUGUGGUGUACUAAAGAACGUUUGGACAAAGAGAUAUUAGAUGCUGCAGGACCCAACAUUAUGGCCAUAUCUACUAUGUCGGCUGGGCUGGACAAUGUAGAUUUACCCGAAAUCCGCAAAAGAAAUAUUCCAAUUGGUUAUACUGCAGGAGUUCUGAAUAAUGCUGUUGCUGAUUUAACUGUUGGGCUUAUGAUAGCUACUGCUAGAAGAUUUGGAGAAGCUAGGAAACACAUAGAGAAUGGGACAUGGGGAAGUGGACCUUCGUGGUUUUUAGGCAGAAAUGUAUCUGAAACUACAGCUGGUAUUGUCGGUCUAGGAGAAAUUGGACAAACUGUUGCAAGAAGAUUGAAAGCAUUCAAUAUGACUAUAAUUUAUACCGGUCACAAAAAGAAACCAGAAGCCGAUGAAUUUGAUGCAGAAUUUGUAACAAUGGAUGAAUUAUUAGAACGAAGCGAUUUCGUGAUUGUUAUUUGUCCAUUGACACCAGAAACUAGGGGCAUGUUUGAUGCAGAAAAAUUUGCCAAAAUGAAAAAAAGUGCCUGCUUUAUCAACGUUAGUCGUGGCGAUAUUGUUAAUCAGAAUGAUUUAGUCAAGGCAUUAACGAAUAAUGACAUCUAUGCUGCUGGUUUAGAUGUUAUGACACCUGAACCUUUACCACAAGAUCAUCCUUUACUUAAAUUGCCUAAUUGCGUCGUUUUGCCACACAUUGGAUCGGCUACUACGCAAACAAGAAUUGACAUGGCAACAAUUGCGGCCUAUAAUAUUCUUCAAGGAAUUUCUGGUGACAAUAUGUUUGCUCCUGUGCCAAAGUAACUUUAAACAAGUAAAGUCUAGAUUUAUAAUAUCAAUUAUUUGAAAUAUUUGAGAUACC